AUGGAGAUGACACCCAAGGAACACAUUGCGAGGAUUCGAAGGACCAAAUUCUCCAUUGGAGGGGAACUAAACCCUCUGCGUGAGGACUUGCACCAGGCCACAAAGAACCUCUCCACUGAACUUUAUGCCAAAGAUGUUCAUUUCCUCAUGGAACUCAUUCAAAAUGCAGAAGAUAACAAGUAUGCUGAAGGAGUGAAUCCAUCACUUGAGUUCAUCAUAACUUCUAAGGAUAUAACAGCUACUGGUGUUCCAGCCACUUUACUAAUCUUCAACAAUGAAAACGGUUUCUCUCCUGAAAACAUUGAAUCUAUCUGCAGUGUUGGAAAGUCCACAAAGAAAGGCAACAGAAGUAGUGGUUACAUUGGUGAAAAAGGAAUUGGUUUCAAGAGUGUAUUUCUGCUCACUACUUAUCCUUAUAUAUUUAGCAAUGGAUAUCAGAUACGGUUCAGUGAGAAACCUUGUCCACACUGUGACAUUGGGUAUAUAGUUCCUCAAUGGGUUGAGGAGAAGCCAACCCUUCAUGACAUAAAGCAGAUAUAUGGUGCUGCUGCUUGUUCCCUUCCAACUACCACAAUUAUCUUACCUUUAAAGCCAGACAAGGUCAAUCCUGUGAAGCAGCAGCUCUCAAGCAUUCAUCCAGAAGUUAUGUUGUUCCUUUCAAAAAUCAGACAUCUGUCUGUAAGGGAAGAUAAUGAUGACCCCAAGCUGAAUACUGUGAAUGCUGUAUCCAUUUCAAGCGAGAUUAACUUCUGCACGAGGAAAAACAUUAAUGCUGAAUCCUACACACUUCAUCUCUCUGCUAAAGAAAAUGGUGGUUCUGAAAAGGAAUGCAGCUACUACAUGUGGAGGCAGAAGUUUCCUGUGAAGUUGGAAAAUGUGGUGGAAAGGAGGGAGGAUGUGGAGGAGUGGAUUGUAACAUUAGCCUUCCCAAAUCAGGAGAGGCUUCAUAGGGGAAGGAGCUUACCAGGAGUCUAUGCAUAUCUUCCUACAGAAAUGGUAACAAAUUUUCCCUUUAUAAUUCAAGCAGAUUUUGUGCUGGCUUCAUCAAGGGAGACAAUUCUCUUGGACAAUAAGUGGAACCAAGGGAUACUUGAUUGUGUUCCAUCAGCUUUUAUGGAUGCAUUUAGAACGCUUGUCAUAGGAAGAUCAGACGAAGCUCCAAUAUCCAGUUUGCCACCCAUCUUCAGGUUCCUUCCCAUUGAUAGUUCUCCUUUUGAAAAGUUAAAUCAUAUGAGGGAGAAGAUCAAACAAAAGGUGCUUGGAGAAAGCAUUAUUCCUAUUGAGACAUACAAGAAGCAGAAGCACUUCUAUAAGCCGUGUGAAGUUAGCAGGCUAUUGCCCGAAUUCUGGGACAUUUUGGCUAAGGCUCAGGAAGAAAGAGUAUACCUGCAUAACCUUUCAUCUCACAAUGAAAAGAAAAUCUUGAGUUCUUCAUUUGAUAAAAGUGAGUAUGAUCACAUUCUCGGAUUUUUAGAGGUACAACAAGUCAGCACUGAUUGGUAUGCAAAGUGCAUCCAGAGUUCUAAUCUUGUGGAUGGAGUAUCAGAAGUUAUUUAUCUGAAGCUUUUACUGUUUAUUGCUACAAACUGGUCAAUAUUUAAAGGCUCCAAUAUGAUGGACAUUCCAUUAAUUAAGUAUGUGGAUUCUGAUGAUAAUCUGUCCCAUUUCACUCUUGGUCAAUGCAGCAACAGCCAUGCCAAGCAAGUAGUCCUAGCAGAUUCAAGUCAGUCUUGCCCUUGUUCUUGGAUGAUUGAUUGGAACAGCAAAUUUUCAUGUAAAACCUCCCGAUUCUUUAUGCCAGAAGUCACACAGCAAGCUAUCUUACAUUCACCCCGCAGGCAGACAUUGUUGGAAUGGUUAGAAAAUCGAGUUCGUGUCACUACUUUGAAGGUGUACACUUUUGCACAAGUCCUCUGUAAUUCUAUAAAUUUCAACUCCAAGCUUGCCAUUAAAUAUGCCCAUUUCUUAUAUCACUCUUUCUCAAAUGGAUACUUAUCAAGAAGUGAGGUUCAAGGUUUGUGUAGUUCCAUGCCACUUGUGGACAACUAUGGAAAUGUUACUGUGUACAGAAAAGGGGUUCUUGUGCCUGCAAACGUGAGCAAAUGGGCAGACUUGAUUGUAUCUAAUCCAUGGAGAAAUGAGGAUUAUGUCGAGCUUGGAAAGGAGUACUUGCUUCCAUUCGAUUGUGCUGACAAAUAUACAGGUUACGGGAAGCUCAUAGAAUUCCUGAAAAAUCAUGUUGGUGCUUCUGAUAUACCUGAUAUAUAUCCUCCAAAUGCUGGGUUUUCGGCUGUAGAAACACCACUUAUCAAAGGCAAUGCCUUUUUGCUUUUGGAUUGGAUUCGAAACCUGAAGGUUAGGGGUGUGAAUCUGCCAGGGAGGUUCUUGAAAUGCAUAAAGGAAGGAAGCUGGCUUAAAGUUACAGCCAAUGAAUGGAGACCACCUUCAAAGUCAUUCUUAAUUGGCUCAUCAUUAGGAAGAAUUUUGCAAAGUGGUUCUGCUCUUGUUGACAUUCCACUGAUUGAUGAGGACUUCUAUGGAAAUAAAAUAUUUGAGUACAAGGAUGAGUUGAAAACAAUUGGGGUGAUGUUCAGUUGUGAGGAAGCAUGUGAAUUCAUUGGAAGAGAACUGAUGUCGCGUGCAGCUUUCUCAACUUUAAGCAGGAAUCAUAUUCUUUUGAUGUUUGACUUCAUCCAAUAUCUGAGGAAAAAUUAUCUUCCCUUGGAAGAGUUUGUCAACAGCAUCAGAGAGGGAAGUUGGCUACGGACAUCUCAUGGUCUAAGGUCUCCUAUAGGAUCUGUAUUGUAUGAUUCGGGAUGGCAAGUUGCAUCUCAAAUUAGUUCUAUCCCUUUCAUUCAUAACGAUUAUUUUGGUGAGGACAUAUAUAAAUAUAAAGAGGUGCUCGAGUUGCUGGGUGUGGAAGUUGGUUUCAAUGACAAGUAUCAAGUUGUCAUUGACCAUUUAAAGCCACCCUCAGAUUUGGUCAAUUUGACAGCUGAGGCUGUUCUUUUGAUAAUGGAAUGUAUAGAAUUCUCGCGUGGCUCUAGUGAACUCAUAAAUCCACUCAAGGAAACAAGCUUCUUGAAGACAAACAUGGGUUUCAAAACUCCAGGUGAAUGUUUCUUGCAUGAUCCUCUAUGGGGCUGCAUUUUGGAGGUAUUCAAUGGUCUUCCUGUAUUAGAUCAUAAAUUCUAUGGAGAUAAAAUUUUCAGUUACAAGGAUGAAUUGAAGAAAAUAGGGGUGGUGGUUGACUUUGAGGAGGCUAUCGAAAAAUUUGCUCAUCUCUUCAAACAGAAGGCAUCACAAGCUUCCAUUAACCAACACCAUGUUAUAUCAUUUCUUUCAUGUUGCAGAUUGCUGAAGGGAACUGAUUACAAAUUCCCUCCGAAAUUCUCUAUCAUCAUACACAGUGAGAAGUGGUUGCAAACUGGGGUUGGUGGUUAUAGGUGUCCAAGAAAAUGCAUUUUAUAUGGUCCAGAGUGGAAAGCUCUCUCUUCAAUAGCUCGUCUCCCUUUCAUUGAUGACAGUGACAAAUGCUAUGGUGAAGAAAUACAUGAAUACAAGGAAGAGCUGAAGAGCAUCGGUGUUGUUACUGAAGUAAAACAUGGGGCGAAGUUUGUGACUAAAUGUUUGAACUUUCCUUCAGAUCCCUCCAUUAUUACUCCUGAAAGUGCUUUUUCUUUGCUGGACUGCAUCCGUCUUCAAAUGCAAGGGGGUGUUUUCACCAUUAAAGACGACUUCAAAACAAGAUUGUCUAGAAAUUGGUUGAAAACACAUGUUGGUUAUAGGUCUCCAGAUAAGUGUUUGUUGUUUGAUUCCAAGUGGAAUAAGUACCUCAAGCCAACAGAUGGGCCUUUCAUUGAUGAGAAUUUUUAUGGACCUGAAAUUGCAUCUUACAAGAAAGAACUCAAUGCAAUCGGAGUCACCAUUGACGUUGAGAAAGGAUGCCCCUUGGUUGCUAGUCACCUUGGAUUUCUCUCUGAUUAUGACACCAUUGUGAAAAUAUAUGGGUACUUGAGUGAACACAAGUGGAAAUUUGAGGAUAAAGCUGCCAGAAAAAUUUGGAUUCCAGAAAGUGAAGAGUGGAUCGAUUCUGAACUAUGUGUCUUACAUGACCAGGAUAAUCUUUUUGGUUCAAAAUUUUAUGUUUUGGAUGGUGUGUAUGAUGAGAAUAUUCUUCUAUUUUUCUCCUUUGCCAUGGAAGUCCGGAACAGGCCCUCCCUUAAUGAUUAUAUCAAUCUUUGGAAUAACUGGCAGAGUUCAGGGGAACAGUUGUCAUAUGACAAGUGCUCUAAGUUCUGGAUGUUUGUGUUGAAACAUUUGACCACAAGAUCAGAGAAGAAACUUGCCAAAAGCUUGGUGAAACUACCUGCAACAUCAGGCAACAACGAAAUAGUUUUGUUAGAUAAGAAUGAUGUUUUCAUUCCUGAUAACCUUCAUCUGAAGAAACUUUUUGGGCAGGAGAAAGUCUUUGUCUGGUAUCCUCAGAACUUGGCCCCAUUGACCAGGUGUGAGCUGUUUGACAUAUACAGAAAAGUUGGUGCCCGAAAUAUCUCUGAAUCAAUAUGUAUGGAAGAGCCAUCCUUGCUCGAUGGUGUUGAACUCAAACAGGUUGAUCCUGGUAAUAUUUGUAAUGUGAAGGUGUUGGCUAAGCUUAUUCUUGGUUUUCUUUCUUGUUCUAGCCUAAAAAUGGAAUCAAACAAGAGGCAUGAAGCUGUUCAAGAUCUACUCAACUUGAGUUUCUUUGAGACAAAGGGUCCAGUCACUGCAAGUUACAAAUUGUCACUAUCAUCAGGGGGCAUCAUUACCAAAAUGGCAAACAGAAUGGUACGGUGGCAAAGGCAAAGUUCCAAGUUUUUCACCCAAAUGAACUGGCAAAGUGAAGAUGCAAGUUUAAUAAAAUAUGCUACAUAUUUCUCGGAAACCAUAUCAGAGGGUGUUUUGCGAGAGAAUCUUGAUCAUGUUCCUGAACUUUCUAAGCUCAUCAGAUUGGCUUUUCUGCUGAAAUUCAACAGUGGGGAAAUUGAAUUUCUUAUGGAGUCCAACAACUUGCACUGUGAGGAUGAGGACUUCCUCAGUUCUUCCUUCCCAUCUAACUAA